AUGGCCGCUAUCGUUUCGAACGAAAAGGUGUGUAUUUUGAUUUUUAAUCUUAAUCAUCGAUGAUCCAGUGUUUUUUAAAUUGCAAUCUAAUCGUAGUGACACUGUUCCUACAAUUCUUUUCCUUGCUUGUGAAUGGUUAUUUUAUAUCCUGCGCAAAUAUCUCAUUCAAAAAAGACAAAAUGUUAAAGUGCCUAUGACACAAAAUUUCACCCCAAAGGUUUAUGGUUGCAUUGUAAAGAUGACUUAAAAUGACUUAAUAAUUUCUUUUAUAGAAUUUUGAUAACUUGCUCCCUUUUCAAGAUAUUCAAUUUUGUUUCAUAUGCAAAUAUUACCGGUGUGACAUCACAUCACAUAAUGAGUUUUCAGAAAAGUAUGGUUUUCCUGACGAAUACGUAUUUAAAAACUUAAAAAUUGCUCUUGUAUAUAUAUAUUAAUUUCAUAACUGGUAAUUAACCCUCUGUAUUUGUUUGUAAAAAUAUUUUAUUAAGGCAAAAUAUUGCGUUUUUCAAAAUGUCAUUAUGCGAUGUGAUGUCACACCGGUGAUAUUUGCAUAUUAAACAAAGUUGAAUAUCUUACAGAGGAAGCAAGUUACCAAAAUUCUAUAAAAGAAAUUAUAAAGUCAUUUUAAGUGAUCUUUAGAAUGCAAUCAUAAAUAUUUGGGGUGAAAUUUCGUGUCAUAGGCACUUUAAUGUAUGAAUAAAACAUGUUAUUAUGUGGAAUGAUAAAUAUUAAAUAGGCAAUAAUUUGCAUAUUACAUUAUUACUGCUUUCACAGGAUGAUUCGGAUUACUCCACAAGUGAUACGGACAUUCCCAGAGAGAAAGAAAUAGUUGAAGUCGAAGAAGGUAAAUUUUAAUUUCUGUUUGACUUUGUUCAAUUUGAUUAUUUUUAUUUUGAAAUGAGAUAAUGGAUAAUCAUGAUUCAUGAUUUUUUAUUGAGUUUUAUAAAUAUAUAUUUUAAAGGUAAUGUGACUAAUGUCAAGUGAACUCGUAGUAGUGUAGUACUAGUACAUGUAUGCUGUAUUGCUGUAUACACAGCAGUUUGUUAAAACUUGGUUUCUUUGUUUACCUUUUCAUCAAAUUAUAUAUUCUUACAAAACAUGCUGUAUUAGUGUACCGUAUUUAGUCAAUAUCUGAAAGAGUAUGUCAAAUAAUGUGAAAUUUGAGCAGUAAUUACGUCACGAGGGGACAAAUUGAUGGUUACCAGUUGGUUAUAUUUAUUUGUCGCAUAUUAUAUGGUGUAAUUUGUAUGUAUGCAUGGUCAAUUGGUCAUUAUGACAACAUGGUGGUUUCAUAAAACUAAAAUUAUGUAGUCUCCUCAAUUGCAUAUAAUCCACAAUUCUACAUACAGUACACUGUUUACACUUUACAUGCUGUUCCUUGGUUAUUUUUAGAAAAAUGUUGUGUUUGUGGCAGACCACAUUCUAAUGCCCACAAAUGUCUGAAAUGUGAAAAGGGUGUCCAUGCAAUUUGUGGAAAGGUUCCCAUUGGUGGGGAGGAAGGAUAUGGAAGUCCUAUCAUAUGCAAUAUUUGCGACAAAGAAGACGAUACAGGUAAGUAAGUUAUUGACACUAAUCACUCUAAAAACAUUGUUGCACAACCUUUAAUUUUUAUGCAUCUAUGGUAUAUGUUAUAGUUAAAAAUUAAUAAAUUAUAUGAUCAUUUUAGUGACCCAUGAAUUAGACUCACCAGUAGUAAGCAGUACGAAAACUACUCUUGGUGUGAAACGCAAACUUACAACAGGUAUUUCAAAAUACAUUUGUGUUCUAGUUAUUAUUUAUGAAUGCAUAAACCUAAAUAAAUAUAAAGGUUGCACUAUAUAUGGUAGUUGGUGUUUCUAAUCAUGGGCAUAUUAAAUUUCAUGUGUAGGAGAAGAUCUCUGGUGGUUAAAGAAAAAAAAAAUGACCCCUCAACCUGCUAAAGUUGAAAAGGAUGAAAAGAAGCAAUGGGCAAUAUGUGUCACAUGCUUUAAGUAAGUAAUACUACUCUAUUCUGACAAGAUUUGUAUCUACUGAAAUAACUUGGUGUUUUGACAUCAUAACCAAACAUGCAUGCAUGUUUUGAGUUGCUAUGUGAUAAAUGUAACUGCAAUAUCGCAAAGGUAUAGAGUGGAUAUCAUGAAAGAGGUCAAACACCUAAUUGGUAUCUAAUGCAACUCCACGGAGUGAGAAACUAAAACAGAUGCCAAAUGUUCAAAUUGUUCAUGCUUUUUUCAGGGCUGGAAAACAUUCAAAAACAUUUAAACUUUGUCGCCAAAACCAGACCACAACCAAAAGGCACAUUCAACGGCAUCAUGCUCAAUCAAAAUCUUCUGAUGUCAUUAUUAAAUCAUUCUACGAUAGUGAUGAGAAUGUGAAGAAGGCACGAAAGUGUCUGGAAGAAUUGCAAGAAACUACAAAACAAAAUUCCACUGUAGCAUCAACACCUCGCCUCCACUUAAAUUUAUCGAAAGUAAAAAAGGAAACACAACAUCAUUGGCUCCAUCUGCAGUUGCACAAAAGGGACUUGGAGGGUACAGUAAUUGUCAAAGCCAUUGUUUAAUUUUAUAUCACAAUAUUUCUACUUGCAUAGCAUUCAGCCGAUCUGACUGGAUCAUCAGUAGAAAUAAGUGAAAUUUUCAAUGUAGUAAAUAAUGUACAGUAUGUUGCAUACAUGGUCUUUUAUACUGUAUUACCAUUUGUUGUAUAUGUGUGUUCUAAAAUUAUUUGUGUUCCAGGAUUAUUGUGUAAUAGCUCUGAGAUUGAAGAAGAGAUUGAUACUGCUAAUUUUGGAGAACUAUGAAAAUGUAACACUCUGUAUAUACCCUGUGACACUCUGUAUAUACCCUGUGACACUCUGUAUAUACCAUGAAGCAGAUUGUAUGCUCUUAUUGUUCUAUUUCCUUUAACACUUCAACAUUUACAUUUUUAAUAGUUAUUUAGGAUCACUUCCUACGGGUUUGGUGUUUAGUUCAGAGAAAUCACAGUUGCUUUUGGAAGGCGGAAAUAGAGAAUUUUACAAGCUCAAAAACACGGUCAAGAAUCAUGUAACAUUGGCUGGGGGCCAACUUCACUUUGAGGCAUUGCAGGUUAAAUUAUGUUCUGUACUUAGAAAAAAUACAGCAAAUGGCAAUUGAAAUCAUACUAUUGAAGUUAAAUAAUAGUCAUAUGCUAGCUGAUUACUUACUCAGUAUGUAAAACAAAGAUUAAUUAUCACUUACUGUAGUAUGACCAUGAAUGUAAGAGAAAGAAGAAACGUGGGGUUGCUGUCAUGGAAAACUUGGUCGGAAUUGCCUUGACCGUUGUUAAGACCAAAUCAGCUGCACUUCACUUUGAGACUAUGGUUGCAUCCCAUGCUUUUACUGGUUCUGAUGUUGGAGAGUUUGGGCACAGUCGAAAACAGUUUCAGGUAAUACAUGUAUAUAAAUAGUAAACAAUAAACAUCAGUUAAUGUAACUAUUAGUAUAUACUAGAAACAUACUAGUAGUAUACAGUAGUCAUCCAAUUGCUGUAAUCUGUAUGAGCAUGCAUGCGGGGGGAAAAAACAAGUUGGACGCCACAGAGUGAAAUUGUUUUUCCUUAGUUUUCACUGGGAAUAAAAUUUUUUCCAUAUUUUGUUUUAUGCUUUGUGGGAUUUUCCUGUAUAUUCAUAUAAAGUAAAUGCAUACCAGUACAUAAGUUAGUUUCUACUAGAUAAAUUAGAAUAUUUGCUCUUGAAUUCCAUCCAGAGAUACAAUAUACAAUUAGGACUUUGCCAUCAUUCUAUCUUAAAGUUUAAAACCAUGAUCAAACUAAUUUUUGUCAUAUUUCACUUAUUCAGGAUAUAUUGAAAGCAAUGGAAGUGUGGUGUGAUCAAGAAACAGCUACGUUUUUAUCACAACCAUUACCAUCUACCCGACUACCACCUCAUUAUUAUGUCACUUGUGACAAAGCAACCCCGAGUAGAAUAACCAACCAAGCUGUCAUGCUCUGUCCUAUGGUCGGUGGUCAAAGACAAGCGAAAGCCAAAGAAGUUUAUCACGCCGAGGAUGAGCUUGAAGUUGGAGAUGUUGCUGGUGGAAUUGCACAGGAACUGGCUAAAGGCAUAUACGAGGACGUUCGAGAGAGCUACUCAUCCAUUGAAGAAUCCGUCGUCAGAGCUGCCUGGAUGGGGACAGCUUGUGAUGGACCUUACCAAGCUAGACUGUUUGCUUCAACACUGCAGCAAUUGUUGGAUCAAACACAGUAUGAUGAUGUGUUCUUUUCUGUGUUAUGGGAUGCUCCCCAUUUUGUUGACCUAGCAUUCUCGGAUGUCUUUGAAGGGAAGAUUGGAAGUUCAAAGGAUCUUAUUCAACGCCUGGUCAAACGAUCCAGCGUAGUUCAUCACAUCUUUCAGCGUGGGAAAAUGCUAAAACAGGCGAUGGAAAUGGAAACUUCUGAUGAUGAGCUUGUAUUGAGAUUCACCAGCCCGAGCAUGUAG